AUGGGAAACACCUAUAGAAAACUAAAAUCCGCGAUCGCCGAUCUUAACAAAUUUACCACUUCCAAUGAGUUUUACAAAUUUGCAGGCAUGAGGCUUGAGUUUCACAUCCAAAGAGGGCCUCCAUUUCGAUUUUUGUCUCAUAGACCUCGUAGUAGAUUAAUUCAAGUCUAUAGACUAGAAGAUCAAAGGCAAAAAAUUGGCUCAAUUUUACUAUACUUUUUACCUUAAAUUUCCCAAUUAGCCUUAAAAAAUCUUAAUGACGCCAUAUAUAAUACAAAAACCCUAUAGAAAAUUUAGCAAUUGUAUAUGAUAAUCUUAUGUAUGUAAAAACAAUGUCAACUAUGAGAAUCCAAAGCCGAACUCCUGACCGAGAUACUGAAUGCUCAAUUUGCCUUGAAAGGUACGCGAACACUGUUUUGACCUGUGGUCACGCAUUUUGUGACAUUGAUAUUAUUGAUUGACAAGAAAGAAGCCAAAGCUGUCCUAUAUGCAGGAAAUCGUUAAAUGUACAAGAAGCUUAUAUUGAUAUGGAAGAAAAUCCAGAAGAAAUUGUAAAGGGGAUUGAAAAUGGCUUACAAGUAGCGUUUUCGUAUAUAGUAAGCAGCUAA